AUGCUAUCUUUGUCUGGUGGUCGAUAUCUUGUGAAAUCAAUAUGCCCUUAUAGUUAUAGGGGUUCCAUUGAUUGGGAUUCUGGGCAUAUGGAAGUGGUGGAUGUCGGGCUGCAAAAGGGCAACUGUUCCUUCCUUCCUCUCCACCAGUUAAUGUCCCCUGAUUUCAGCGAUGAAGAUCAUGAACGGUUCUUCAGCUCCUAUGGGACCAAAGUGACUAUUGUAUCUUGCUCAAAGCAAGUGAGAUCUCGUUUAUAUAUCAACACCGAACCGUGUAUAGUUACGGAAGGGUAUUAUUCAUACACCGUCAUCUUCGCAUGGGCAUCGAAUAUUGAGGAUUCUUGCACCAUAACCAGGUCAAUAUACGCAGCAGAAUAUAUAUUGUAUAAAGCAUUUUCGUAUGAGAAUCCCACGAUCUCCUACAACGACAUUCACAUUGCGAUGGCCGGUGGGUUUAAUUUCACCUACUCGGUGCCGCAGAUGAAAACAUAUGACCUUUGCUUCUCAGGCUUACGAUACGUUGGAAGUCGAUGCACAUCCUAUGACUACUGUAAGUAUGCCUUUCCAUUGAGUGCGUACGCUUACACUACCAACUGUCUGCUAUGGAUGGAUGCCAAAUUUGUAGUUGAACAUUCAGCCAAUGAUGCGAUUUCAAGAGAUUUCCAUGUCCAGAUCGCAGCGUUGGACUUGGAGGAGACUUUUCUCGUGGUCCUUAGCAUUUCGCUGGAGGCUAUUAAGAUGAGACGGCCUGCUUAUGCAGCAGACGAUUAUUUGAUGCAUUUUGAAUAUCGAGUUCUGAAGAAGGCAACAAAGAACUUAUCUGAGAAAAGCGGGGAAGGUGGGUUUAGUUCUGUUUUCAGGGGAGCACUGCCAGAUUCAACUCCCAUAGCAGGGAAGAAACUCAUGAACCAAAGCCAAAGUAACGACAGUUCCUUGCAGAAAAGAGUGAAAAAGUUCCUAGUAUAUGAGUACUUGGCAAAUGGUUCGCUAGCGGCUCAUUUGUUUCAGAAAGGUUCCAACACCCUCAAUUGGAAAACCAGAUACGGCAUUGCCACCCGGAUUGCUAAAGGAUUGGCGUACCUCCAUGAAAGGUGUCGGGAUUGCAUCUUACACUAUGACAUCAAACCAGAGAAUAUGCUGUUGGAUUCAGAACUCGAACCACAGAUUGCUGAUUUCUGCCUCGCGGAACUCAUGGGACAGGAAGUCAGCAGCGUCAUUACCAUCGUGAGGGGAGCCAGAGGACUUGUCAUCACUAACUCUGAUUGGCCAAAUGGGAAAGGUAAACCUUCUGUCUUGUCUCUAAAAGAGGAAGCGGAGAUUUUCCAGACAAGUGGUGAAUUACUUGCUCGGACGGUGAUGUUCUUGCUUAGUGUUGUGGCAGACUCGCCAACGGUGUGUAAUGUGGCUGAGGUUGGGAAGAAUAUGAGAUUGAGAUCCUCGGAUGGAAGUAUGCAGAGAAAGCUGAUUAAGAUUUGGGGCGUUAUAAUAAAGAGGGAUGUGGAGACGCAAGGCGACUUCAUCAACUCCCUGAUCAGAGAGGUCGAGAGAGUCGCGUUCACAAACAUCAAGGAGAUCCUGCCUUUAGUCAAAUGGCUUGACGACAAGCUCUCCUAUCUGGUAAUUGUUCCUGUACAAGAUGGCAGCAAUGCUCUGCUUCUUCUUUAG